UUGUGACUUUUUCGUUUACUGUUCGAUUUCGUUCGCUCGCAACGCGAAUGCUUAUGCGCGAGCGAAUUUCUUAUAAAAUAUCUUCAACAAUAAGUUUUGUGACUUUCACCAACAGCAGAGAUGGCUUCGCCACGAACCCGUCGCAAACUAAACUCUAUUAGAACUAUAGACGAGAACCAUAAAUGUUUCGAGUGUGGGACGCUGAAUCCUCAAUGGGUGUCCGUGACCUACGGCAUAUGGAUAUGCCUGGAGUGUUCUGGCGUUCACCGCAGCCUUGGCGUGCACUUGUCCUUCGUACGAUCAGUCACAAUGGACAAAUGGAAAGAUAUCGAGCUGGAGAAGAUGAUGGUGGGUGGGAACGCGAAAGCGCGGGAAUUCUUCGAGAGCCAACCUGACUACAAGACCGGCAUGACUAUACCGCAAAAGUACAACACGAAAGUAGCCGCCAUGUACCGGCAAAAGAUAACAGCCCUGUCUGAAGGCCGACCUUGGAGCCCCUCGGACUAUAAACCUGAAACAGUGGAGAAGCCGGCCGAGUGGACCCAGUCCAGGGACUUCUACUCUUCUGGAGACAAUACAUUCCACACCAGCGGAUCUGACAACAAUAUAAGUUACCAUAGCGAGUACGGAAGUGGAAGGUACACCGGCUUCGGGAACACACCCAAACAGUCCCAGUCGACGCCCAUGUCGCCCAUACACAGCGGGAACGAAAUGGUCGACAACACGCUCGCAUCGUUAGCUACGGGCUGGUCGAUGUUCACAUCGUCGGUGAGUAAGGCGGCGCGUUCCGCGACUGAGAGUGCGGUGCGGUACGGAGGUAUCGCUACCCAGAAGGUGUCCGAGAUGGCAUCCACUGUCUCUGAGAAGGUGAACAACCGCAGUGGCUGGAGCUCGCUCGGCGGCACCCCGGAUGUGCGUCGCGCAAGCAAUUCCGGCCACUAUCAGUCGCAGAGCUAUGGUGCUAUGAAGAGUUCCACUUCCGAACCUUACUCGCAAUGGAAUGAACAGACCCAGCCGUGGAAGGAGUCCGUGACGACCCGCAACAACUUGGACGCGCGCGACCUCUCCCAGGUGGGCGUGUCCAGCCCCCCGCCGGACAUCAAGAGCAUCACCAUUAAGAAGAAGAGCGACGACGACUCGUGGGACUGGCUCAACAAUUAAAUAUCCCCUCGUUGCAGUUUGGAGACACACAGAGACAUCCUUUCAUGCUACAGUUCAAUUCUAUAUGAGAAGCCAAGUUGUGGACAUACAACCUUUCGUCCCUCCAAAUUGUACAUUACGUGAGUUUAUACGAGAUUUAUUCUUAUUGUACAGUACAGCGAACCCCACACUGACAUGUACAACGUACAGAUACUAUCGCACGUAUAUAAAUCUGAUUUCAUUAUUAUAUCUUAAGUUUCACGUAUAUUUUUUAGUUAUGGCAAUUUUUUUUUUUUUUUAUUUACGUAUAGUGAUAUUGUACUAUUAAAUGUGAGUUCAAAUUUCAAUUGAACAACUUUCAAUAUAAUUAAAUUGUCUUCUUGUACAAUUUAGUAGUAUUAAGUGAGUGUGGCGCCCUCUGCUAUUGAAGGAUUUAAGACAACGCAUGGGGGGUAUCAUGGACGAAACAGUAUGUGUGUGUACUGUUAGCUCCAUGGUACUGCUCAUAUCUAUAAGCGAAGGUUUCCACUUCCCAUCAGGUGGGCCGUCAGCUUGUUUGCCAUUCUAGGUCGUAUAAAAAAAAGCCAGCCGGUAUUAAGAUCGGGCUGAUUAGUGUAUAUAGCUAGCAAUGUGACUACUAGACCCAAUUUCUAACAAUCCCAUUGCCCCCCACCAACAUCAAAUCAUUACCCCGCCUGGUUACUAGUGAAGAAUGAUAGAUGAAGAUGAAGCAUCUCCAUUAGCCCAUCGUGAUGAAUUCCACAAUAAUUAACCACGAUAGUUUCCAGGGGGUACCACAUGGCGGUCGAUGAUGAACUAAUUUCAUCAUCUGUUAUUGUUCACUAGUGCUAGGCAGUAUUAAGCAAAAGCCCAAGCAGGGUAACUACUUCAUUUUCAUCCAUUAAAAAUAAGACCUGUUAGGAUAUAUUAGGCUGUGAGCCUAAUGAUCAUACUUUACGCAGUGUCAAUAACCUCCGACUCAAAUUUCCCGCUCAUUCUUCGUCCUUUUAUUCUAAAUCCUUUACUGUUCAGGCAGUUCGCCUAUGGAACUCUCUGCCUACCUCUAUUUGGUGCGCUUAAACUCUUACUAGCUUCAAAACAUCUAUUAAAUUCGGCAUAUUAAAUAUGUAUGGAUGUGUGUGUGUGUGUUUGUAUUUGUAUGAUAGUGCGCCGUCUAUCCUUCGUCUUUUUCUUAAUGUCCUCUACCCAAAGGUUGUCUGGAAGAGAUUGCUUAGCGAUAAUGCCGUGUUUUGUAUCACUUCUCAUUAAUAUUGACUGUAUUUUUUAUUUAUUUUACUAUGUGCAAUUAAGUGGAAAAUAAAUACAAUAUAUUGCUAGCAAUGUGGCUGUGAGACCUUAUCACUGCCAUUUAUGUACAACAGCUUUAUUUACCCUGCUCAAACUCAGCCAGUGACAUUUUUAUAGCAUCGAAACGUGGACCUAAAAAAUUCAAAGGUUCUGUACUGGAAAUGGGGUCCUCGGGCCGUAUCCACGUAUUAUAAAACAUCGCUAUCACCUCCCAUGUAAAAGGAGAUACGCCACACUUUCUUAAUUUCUCAUCAUCUGUGACUAUAGUACAUAUAAUCCUAUAUGUUUAAUAGUGCAAUAUACUCCUUAAACUGAGGGUACAAUGUCGUUCCUAGAACGCGUUAUUAUAGCAAACAUUUAAUUAUUAGUUUUAAUCCACUGUAAGUUUAUUAAAUAUAUUUUCGUAUGCAUAAAUGUUAAUUAUAAAUGUAGGUGUAAACCUUUCAACAUCGCACUCAUAUAUACUUAUGUACGUCACUAUUAAUAUAAUAUAGCUGUGUGAAAUAUUUCCCAAUUAUGUCCAAUCAGAUGACAGUCUUAUAAAAAAUUCGACUUUGAGCACCAUUCACACAACUCCGAGUCUUUCCAAGUUCCUGCUCGUUCGAGCUAUGUAUCCCAUCAAAUAUGUGCCAUCGAUUACUCAUGUCACUGAAAUGCUUAUGGUCCUAAAGAAACAAUACUUCAUCAUUUAUACAUUGAUAUGUAAAUCUGUCGUUAUUAUUCUCUUUUAGUAUGAGUUUGGGUAAUAUAAUUAUAGCAAUAUUUAUAUCCCUUUCAGACCUGAACGAUACGGGCGUGAGUUGUAACUUUAACAAAUUCUAAAACCGCGCGCAAUUCAUUUUUACGCACGAAGCUGAAAUAACAUGAUAGCGAGAUUCUAAACCAGCCAAUAAGAAAUCAUUUUAGCGGUUAGGUGGUGCAGUAGUCUCGUGCGUGCCGGCGAGAUGGCUUGGCUUCCAAACACGAGAAUAUAUUUAAUCUGAAAGAAAAAUAAUCUUGGGUCUGAAAGGAAUAUAUUAUAGUUACAACAACUAUAUAUUGUCCCAAUAACCAAUGCAAUAUACAAUAUUGGAUUAAAACACCCGAUCGAAAUGAAUAAAGAUAUCUUAUAUAUAUAUAUAUAUAUAUAUAUAUAUAUAUAUAUAUAUAUAUAUAUAUAUAUAUAUAUACUAUACCUUUCAUACCUUUCUAAGCAGCUGUAAGGGCAUGUGCAUGAACAUACUCCAAAUCAUUUAUUUAAUUUAUAAUCUAUGUACCUACUGACAGCCCGAUAAUGUUUGACACGAAACUAUACCAGUUUUUUCUCGUCACUGCCUCGACUCUGAUCCAGAUAUGUGUGAAUAGUGCUUUUAACAAACAAACAACAAUAUGUUACUGUGUGGCAUGAUCCAAUCACAACUUUUGCAUACAAACUUUAAUUUGCAUUAUUAUGCCCCCUUACUUAUAAAAAUUAAAAAACUCGCUACUCUGUAAGACUCGUUUGAGAUUUAAUAUGAAUUUAAUUAAAAAAACACACACACACACACACACACACAAGAAAUAGCGUUUAUAAGUGAGGGGAAUGUUCAUUGGUGACAAUGUAUGAUAAAAAAAAAUGAGUUCAUAAUAGUUUUAAGUACUGUGUAUAUAUUAAUACUGCUGUCGGGAUGAAUUAAAUCUAUGAAAACAUGCACUGAGUGUUUCAUAAGUGUUACAUUUGAUCGUGUAUAUAUAUAUAUAUAUAUAUAUAUAUAUAUAUAUAUAUAUAUAUAUAUAUAUAUAUAUAUAUAUAUAUAUAUAUAUAUAUACGUGUAUGUAUAAAUGUGAAUGUGAAAUUAUUUCGCUGUAAUACAAAAUACAAAUUCAUAAUACAAACUGUUCUGUAUUAUGGCGGAACGAAAGUGUUGCAAUGAAUAAUAAAUAAAUAUACAAAAAAUCCACAGAGUGUUGGUAAUAUUAAAUUUGAUUUGAUAUAGACGUGUAUAUUUAAAUGUGAAAGACAAAUUAUUUCGCCGCAAUGCAAUAUGGCAAGCUGCUAUGGAUCAAAUGAAAUUAUACGAAGUCUUGACUAUAUUUUGAACUUUCAAUAGUACCAUAACAUUCUACUACAGAGUGUCUUUUUUAAAAUGAAAGUAGAUCAAUAAUCAUGCUUGUACUAUCGGCUUAAAUGGAUAUCAGUGAGGGAUGACAGGUCAUUCAUCAUUCCAAUUUUAUCCCAUUAAAAAAUGUAUCGCAAUAGCAAACUAUCUGACCGUUGAUCCGUCGCAAACAGCCAGCCGUUUUGUAUUGUAAAAAUUUUUCAAGUUGGCUACAAUUUAGAUAGCUGGCAACACCUAUUUUGCCGCCUAAAAAUUGUAUAUUGCAUUUAAAACAUAAUGGCCCCCAUGCUUAUAAAAUUGCGCUGUUCAACAGGCAACGGCAUAUCGAUACUGAGCCAUUUCUCUAAAAAUAGAUAAUAUGAGCUAAAUUUCUAAUAAAUUUAAUUGAAAAUUAUUGUAAAUUUAAUUUAUGUUAGUUCACGAAACAGUAAUUUUGAGAAACUGUCAAAUUAAUAUAUUUCUUUUGUAAAUUAGUUUAGAGAAAUACCACCUCAGAAUCGACACCAAAAAAUAAUGUGUUAUUUACUUUAAAAUACACACAAAAAAUAUUGACGUUCUAUUAAAUUUCUUUGACGUUUAUAAGUGAGAGGGAUAAAUAUAUUUUGAAUUGUUAUUGAAAACAAAAUAGAUAGAUGUUAUUAUAAAAUUAUAUUAAUGUAAUAAAAUUGUGUUGUAAAAUUAUACAUUCUGUUAAAUAUAUAAUAUAUAUAUAUACAUAUAUAUUGUCUAAGCGUACAUUAUUUUUUAUAUUGCGUAUUGUAAAAGUAUUUUUUGCGAUCGAAAAUGGAUGGUGCGUUAUUUAAUUAUAUAGAUUAACUAUGUUGUAAAAUAUGGGCUCCUAAAGGUUUUCGAAUAGUUAAAAAAAAAAAAGGUAUAUUUUAUGGACGAAAAUAAUUAUUUGCUUAUAGUAAUAAUUUGUCAGUUUUGAACUUAGACUGUGAUUGACAGAUAGAGUACUUUAUGUACUCGCAGGGAAAACCAUGGAAUGCAGCUAGUUUUAAAUAAAUUUUAUGUAUUCAACAUUUUUUUUUUGUUACUGCUAAUUUACCCAUUUCUUUCAAAGAGUAGUAUGAUCACGAUUGUAUUCCUAGACGAGGUGGUCAGAGGCAUUACUCGACUUAUGCCCUAUUUAUUGCUCACGUUUCGCUGAUCACACUAAUUCAGUGUGGCAAGGGCCGAGCCUAGCAUUGUGUCCUAGUGUAAUUUGUAAUGAAAUAAAUAUAUUAAACUUUAAUAUGAGUAUAUAUUUUAUGAAACUAAACAAUUUUCCUCAAACGUAGAAAAUGGAUCAAACAUAACACUGUAAUACAACCUUGCUGGCGUAGCAAUUUCAUACACUGACCAACUUCAAUGGUUGCGGAUUCGAUUCCCGCACACUAAAAGCGUAUGUAUCAUGUGAAUAUAAAGUAGGUAUGUCAAUUAACUUAAACUGCUGUUAGUAUUCAUUAAUAGAGUCUAAUUUUUUUUUCUGAUCACUCUGUAAGUACAUCAUUUCAGAUAAAAAAAGAAUAUUCCAAAUCAGUUUAUUACUGACGAAGUUAUGAGGUAAUAAACAUUACUUCUUGUUUUAGAAGUCGGUUGAAAAAGAUCUAGUCAAGUUAAUCGUCUCCUAUUGCAAUUUUUGCUUAUCAAACAAACAUGAGAUAGUGAACUAAAGUCUUAACUUACCUGGUUCUACAUUAUAGCUCUUGUUCUCUUCUUUAUUUUACUUUCUCUGCAGUUUAGUAAGUGAAAAACUCCAUGUAAUAAAAUAUUUAAAGUCUUGACCCUACGUGACCCCCAUGGGGUGGGGGAAAAGGCAUUGUUAAUAAUGGAAACUGAGAAUCCUAUUGCUAGCAAUAUACCCAACCAAGUCGACCUCCUCGCGGCUCCCCCUGGAAACUAUCAUGGUUAAUUCCUAAUGAAUUCAUCAUGACGGGCUAACUGGCCUGUUUUCAUUCUCAUCUAUCACCCUUCACUGGUGCUCCGCCAGCGUAUCCCGUUAGCGAAGGCGGGGUUACCAUACCAUUUUCACCCAUCAAAACAAAAAAAACCCCAUGGGGUUGGGUAUCGACCUUUGAAAGACACUGUCUUAAACAAUUUCUUUACAGUAAGUUUAGAUUAUUAAAAAUUGUUUAUAUAAAUAAUAUUUAUUUUAUAAUUUCAGUUCGGUAUUUAGAAAGAGAUGUAAAGAUUGUACAUUCGUUAUAGUAAGAAAGAGCGAGAGAGUAAGAGAGAGAUUUUCUUAAUGGGUGCUAAUGGAAUAGUAGUAGCCUGCACUAUCGCCAUACACUGGCGGGGCACCAAUGAGGGAUGAUAGAUGUCAAUGAAAGCUGUUCAGUGCCCAUCGUGAUGAAUUCAAGAAUUAACCACUAUGGUUUUCAGAGGAAACCGCGUAGAGAUCCACCUGAUAGGUAUAUUGCUAGCAAGGGAUCUGUUAAAGCCCAUUUACUAACAACCCCUUUCCCCAUAAUCAGACAGUCUUAAUAAAGGCUGAGCUGCAUUGACAUAGUUUACAUACAUCUUUAACGAUUGCUAAUACUAAAAAGAUGGUAUCACAUUUUAGAGGUAUCUAAAAGGUCUUGAAGUGGUCUGUGAUAACCAUCAGGCGAGUCGCAUGCUUAUUUAAACCCCCUUAAAUAAGUUCUUAGAGAAGCCGGCCUCUGGCUCCGAUAGCGAUCGCUUGUCCGCCUCCUGAACAUGCUGCAGCAUGCUAUUAAUCCCUGAAUGCGAUUCUGAGGAGAAACUCCUAGUGUUUCCCAAUAUUUUUUUAGGCCAUGUCCCACUUGAGCAUUUCUAAAAUUUUUAUGUCCCCAUACAUAAUUUUACUUUACGACAAAGUUUACUUGACAACUCUAAUCGCCCAGUUGAUAUUUUGGUAACGUCCAACGAAAUUAAAGCUAAUAAAUAUUUACAGAAAUUUUUUUAUUUACUUUUUUUUUGUUAAGUUUGGCAUUGAUAUCAACUCAUAACAUUGCAUUUAAAUGGCUCGGAGCAAGAGGGUUAAAAUCACUUCGAGUCCAUUUUUUAAUUCCCUUCCCCCCCUUAACUAUCAAAUUGCCCCCCCUGGGGGGCGUGGACGUUAGGAAGCACCGUCCUAAAUCAUCACCGGUAGCGGUACAGCCGCCUUUUAAAUUAGGUGUAGUGAGCAGUCUCACCAUCACACUACAAUUCUGAUAGCGAUCGUUUGCCCGUGACACGAACAAAUUACAACUUACAUGUAACAAGUUAGGUCUGUGGUUUAUUUUAUGUUUCUUACCUCAGAACUGCUUUAUUUUUUUAAUUUAAAUACAAUCUCGUAUAAAAUUAUGUAAAAUUGUUUUUAAUUAUAUCUAUUUAUGUAUAUUUAUUCAUUUAUCUAUAUAAUAUAUAUUAUUGCAUGUGUUUUUAUAUAGUUCCCUUUUAUUUUAAAAUACUUACCAACCUUCAAACACUUCUGUAUGCUCCAUUGUUGACAAGUUAGAGAACGCCUUCAGGUGUAAUGUCCGCCAUUUUUUUUUUGUUAAUUUGCCUUUUCUGAUUUUUUUCAUGUAUGAAGUUAAAUAAAAAAAAAUAUAAACCGAUGUGGAUAAUUCUUUUUUUAUCUGAAAGUAUAUCAUUUUAUCUGAUAAGACUUACAGAUUGGUACCAUACAAAUUUUAUCGGAAUCAAUUUAUUUAGUUGUUUAGUUUUUAUAGCAAAAUAACCGGUUUUGCACAAAUUUUCCUUUUGUAAAACAAUAUCUACUUGUUUACUGAACAAUGUGCACUUGAAACAGCUAAUCUGCAAUUAGCAAUAUGUUACUUUAUGUUCAAAAAUAACGGUCAAUCGCCAGCUUUAGCUACAUGGGUAUAAUCUCACGAUAUGUUGUAAUAUUUAUUAAAUACCAAAUGUGAUUUCGAGUAUCUAUUAAAACCUAUUUUUUGCAUACCUUUUUUUUAUUAAUAAAAACUAUUCGAUAUAUAAAUGUAUUGAUGUUAAAUCGAAAUUCAAAUACUUAGGCCUGAUUCGCAAUAAGUAAAUUUUAAUAUAUAUGCUACAACGCGCAGAGUAUUUAAAAAUAAGUGAGAUUAGCUAAAUUACUUAAAUGUUCAAUCCUUAUGUAGACUCGAUAUUGCUUUUCACACAUUCUAAGCGUUGUAUGAAAUAUAAGCUACCAUUUUUUUUUCCAAUUAAUAGAUAAUAUUUAAAGGCCUCCAUAUUGUUUAUGGAACAGGCCUUUAGCAUUCCUAUUUUGAAAAAAAGUAUCUAUUUUUAAGAGUUUUAAAAAUUGAGGCAAAGACGUCCAUUCUCUGAUUACAUACUAAUUAUAAAUUGCCUUUAAAUUACUUUAUAUAAGGAAACAUUAUAUGCAUCUCUUAUUAUGCCAUGUUGAAAUUACUAUUGAGUUGAUAAUAACUUUGACGUUUUUUUUAAAUGUGUCAUUGUUUAUACUAAGGUGAAAUAAAAUAGUUAAUAAAUCAAAUAUGUUUUUUAUUUUCCAACAUUUCAUUAAUACAAUAAUAAACAUAGUAUCAAAAAGUACUGGUCUAACAAACUGGGUACUACGUAAUUAGGUUUACAAGUAAAGCAUUCAAAUAAUCUAAACAUUGGCUGCCUACUAACAGACCGCAUAUUAUAAAACCAAAAAUUUUGAGUUAAUCAACACAGCACUCUCUAGACAAGUGGGACAUGAUCUACAAUUAGACCUAUAGAUCCGUUUACGCUACCACGCUCAUGAAAAAGAAUAAAAAGAUCAAUAUCCGACAGGCGAGUGACUAUUAGUAAUAACUCCAAUGGCGAAUUUACCAGCUAGCUGAGAAAGGCAAAAACCAUUUUUUUUUAUAAAGUUACAAUUUCAUUAAUAAAAAAAUUACAAUGAAUAUAAUUGUAAACUGGGCUAAAUAAACUGGCGGUUAAAUGUAUAAUUCCGCCACUAUUUCCUCCUCGUACUGUAACACACUCUGUCAGAUCGACCUCCAUGUGGUCCCUCCAAGAAGCAAAAUUUUACAGGUCACAAUGAUCCAAAUGACUUGACCGCACAUUCACCUAUCCUCUCACUGGUGCUCCAUCGGUGUAAGUCAUCCAUUUUUGUCAACUAAAAAAUGCCUUCAUCCGACAAAUAGUGUGGUAGCGUAAACAUAUUUAGCAAGACUUGUUACCACUUGCCUAGAGUCGGUCUGUCGGUACCAAACCAUACAUUACCAACCACCACCUUACUACCAAAAACAUCGGUACUAGAUUAUUUCACAAUUUGUAUUUCGAAUUUAAAAAAAUAUUUAUGUCACAAUAGUCAAUCACAAUUCAAUGUUCUAAUAAGAAGCAAUUAAAAAAAUAUAAAAUUUCACGUAUAUUAUUUUAACACAGUACCGAGCUCCUACUCUCAUUAGCCCAUACACGAGUUUUGUUUUAUAAUUACAUGCAGAUAUUCCCGGACAAACUAACAUUCCUUUCAGACCUCUCUUGACAAGUAGCAAAGAAAACUAACAACAGAACCAUUACAGCACUCGCAUGAGAAAGAAUGAGAUAUCCGACGUCGCCGCUAGACUUCAUGACAAUCCUGUCAUGAAUGACAGAACUGUCAUGAAGUCGCUAGCGGUACCGAUUCUAUCAAUAGAUUAGUUUGCCGCUUGUUUAGAGGUCUGGAGCUUUUCAGUCUGACGAGAUAGAAUUAUAGCGUAAAUUUUAAUCCAACCAUAAUAAAAUAUAUAAAAUUGGACACUAAAACACAUACAGGUUGUAUAAGUACACAACUUAUACAAAAAUUCACAAACAUUGGACAUAUUUGUUGGCAGAUUUGUAUAUAAUGUUGCACACCGUAUGUUUGACAAUGACUCUAAUAAGAAAAAUCAUAAGGUAUUUAUUCCAGUGAUACAAUUGACAUUAAUAAAUCCUACUAAAAUGUCUGUACCAGGGGGCGCCACUCUUCAAUACUUUGUUACAAAAUGUUACCUACUAAUAAAUAUAAUAAAAACUAUGGUUUUCUAAUAUAAGGGCGGCGGCACAUCUGCAAUGCCUCUGGUGUGAUCAUAAGCGACGGUAGUCACUUACCAUCAGGUGAGCCGCAUGCUAAUUUGCCUCCAAUGUUAUAAAAAAAAUAAAUAAUAUAUGCGUGUGAGAUGAUGUUUAAGAAUGGG